CUAUCCAUUGAAAAGUGAGGAGAUAUUUCGAUAUCGAAGUUCCCUUUUUGCUAGAUCUAGAUCUUAGCGAGUGGAUAUUAUUUCAAUUAGAACUACUCAGGGUUUCCCUCCAUCACACCUCCCGUAAGUUUUAAAAGCUGGCUUACUCAACCUUUGUGCGGAAGGCUGCCGGAGCGGUGGUCGGCGAUAUGCCCCACCGUCUUCUCAAAACAAUGUCCAGCUCUAACCCCGCAGCCCGAGUUUCUAUAAUAUCAAGACAUCUUUCAGGCGGCACCCAAUCUCCCGCCAACUCCAGCUUUUUAAGUAAUACCUCCAUCUCUUCAACCCAAAGUCGUAGCUUUUCUUCGUCGCCUACCAGAAUGUCGUCUCAACCAGAACAUCCGACCUUACUCAUUCCCGGUCCCAUUGAGUUUGACGAUGCUGUCUUACAGUCAAUGAGCCAUUACAGCGAGUCCCAUGUAGGCCCAGGAUUUGUUGCUACCUUUGGCGAGGCCUUGUCUAUGCUUCGAAAGCUCUUCCAAACCACCUCGCCCUCUUCACAACCGUUCGUCAUUUCGGGAUCGGGAACACUUGGGUGGGAUCUAGUAGCAGCGAAUCUAGUUGAAGCCGGUGAAGACGUCUUAGUUCUCAGCUCUGGUUAUUUCAGCGACGGAUUCGCCGACUGUCUCAAAAUCUAUGGUGCCAAUGUCGACCUCCUUAAAGCCCCCGUCGGUAGCCGACCACAAUUACCUGAAAUCGAAAAGGCAUUGAAGAGCAAAAAGUACAAGGCAGUCACUGUUACACACGUGGAUACGUCGACGGGUGUACUCAGCGAACUCCAGAAACUUUCUGAGACGGUUCAACGGGUUUCCCCGGAAACAUUGCUUAUUGUAGACGGUGUUUGCAGUGUAGCCAGCGAAGAGAUCGAUUUUGAUGCGUGGAAGCUUGACGGUGUGAUAACGGCAAGCCAAAAAGCCAUCGGCUGUCCUGCCGGGUUGUCCAUAUCGAUGUUCAGUGGCAAGGCGAUGGACGCUUUCAAGGCGAGAAAAAGCCCGCCAGCCUCUUACUUCGCUUCCAUGAAGAACUGGACCCCUAUCAUGCAAAAUUACGAAGCGAAGAAACCCUCAUACUUUGCGACUCCAUCCCCACAACUUGUUCAUGCCCUCCAUACAGCUCUGAGUCAGAUUCUGACUAAGCCACUCUCCGAGAGAUUUGCUAGACACAGGGAGGUGUCAGACAAUAUCAAGAAAGCCGUAACGGAGCUGGGGUUGAAGCAAGUUGCUGCCAACCCAGACGAUCAGGCCCAUGGUAUGACAGCCAUCUACCUGCCUGAAACUGUCAAGGCCACCGAUCUACUUCCAAAGCUUGCGAAGAGUGGUGUCGUAUUCGCUGGUGGCAUCCACAAGGAAAUCGCGCCUAAAUACAUACGCUUCGGACACAUGGGCGUCAGUGUGACCGACCCUGCAAGAACUGAUAUUCAAAAGGCGAUAAAUGCGUUGACUAGCGGGUUGUCUGACUGCGGAUAUCAGAAAGCCUAAUUUCGUCAUAUCUGCUUGGUAGUUUAGGCAUACUUGAGAAACUCAGGCCGACCACGUAAAGACGGUGGUUACUGUUUACAAACUGUUUCUGAAAAAGACAAUGCUCAGCUAGGGAAAAGAUACCGUGUCGUCUGUCAAAUUAAAGACAAAUAACAACGAAAAAAACUCAUAGUGUAACCAAUCUGUCAGAAAGGGAUAGACUAGAGGAUUUAAAGAGCGGAAAAUGGAAAAUCAUAUCAUUCUGGGAAUCUAUUGGAGGGAGAUCUACUCCAUUCGAUGAGAUAACGCGAUAUUUCUUUGGCCACGUCAUUUGACCGCCUUGUUCCCUUUGCUUCCCGUCUAACCAUAGGAGAGGAGCUAGAACUUAUCAUAUAUCAUCGGGAACCUACUUCUUAGGUAAGUUCCCGUAACUUCAGCAGCCCAACCAUUAUCGAUAUUCCUUGUGUAGGAUUUUAGCUUUUCUCAUGCCCAACGACUUGAGGUGGCGAAAGAUGGGCGAUUUUGCAUAUCCUGAUAUCUUCUACAACUUUAGAGUAAUCUGACUUCUUCUGGAAAUAGCGGGACGUCGGUCGUGAUUGUGACAGCUGAAAAGAA